UUGAUUAUCACUAUCUCAAUAAUGUUUGCAUUGAAGGUAUAUAUAGCGAUAGAGUUGGUUGGAAGAUAACAGUAUCCAGCAUAUUCAGCAGCGUCACAGACAGUGUGUCACAAACAGUACAAAAAAUCACAUCAUUUAUCAUGGAAAGACCGGUUGUGACUGUAAAGCAAGGAAAAUUACAAGGAAUUUUCGAAGAUAAUGUUCUCGGUUCUCGUUAUCUCGCUUUUAAAGGCAUACCAUUUGCUGCUCCACCACUGGGCGAUUUGAGAUUUAAGGAUCCUGAACCACCAGCUUCCUGGGAAGGUAUCAGAGACGCUUCCAAAAAUGCCGGUGACGUUUCUGUACAAUUGCAAACCUUGCCAACUUUAGCGAUAAUUGGCAGCGAAGAUUGUCUUUAUCUUAACGUUUAUAUACCUUACAAUCUUUAUCGAACGUCACGGAAUCCAAUUAUGGUUUGGAUUCAUGGUGGAGCUUAUCUUAUGGGUAAUGGCAAUGAUACUGCCGUACGACCUGAUUAUCUUAUGGCAAAAGACGUCAUUCUAGUGUCUAUAAAUUACAGAGUCGGUGCUUUAGGUUUUUUAAAUAUCGGUCAUGAAGUGGCAAGCGGAAAUCAAGGCUUGAAGGAUCAAGUUGCCGCAUUAAAAUGGAUCAAAGAAAAUAUCGAGAUUUUUGGCGGAGAUCCAAACAACAUCACAGUUUUUGGUGUUAGUGCAGGCAGUUCAUCCGCACAUUUAUUAACACUGUCUCCAUUAUCUAAAGGUCUCUUUAAUAAGGUCAUUCUUCAAAGUGGUAUAGCUACAUGUUUGUGGGCGCAAGUGGAGGAAGCAGAAGCUAGUGCUUUUGAGCUCGCUUCAAUGCUUGGUAACGAUUCCAAAGAUCCUGUAGAAGUUGUUAACUUUCUUAAAACGAUACCUGCCCACAAGAUCGUCGGACAGCAGUUUCAAGUUUUGAUUUCGGAAAAAUCGCGCAUUACUAAGAUUCCGUUUGGACCCACAAUUGAUGAAAAAGCAAAGGAACCUUUCCUGCCAUGUCCUAUUUCUCAGUUACUUGAUGAUGACAGUGAUAUACCAAUUAUAGUUGGUUAUACUUCUCAUGAAUAUAUCAUGUUUCUUAAUGAUAUCAGUGAAGAGGUUUUAAAGACAAAGUUCGCAAAUCUUGAUCCUUUUAUAAAAGUAUUUACAAAAGAUCCAGAAAAAAUAACGCAGUUGACGGAGCAAGUUAAACAGCAUUAUUUUCAUAAUAAGCCGAUUACUAAAGAGAGUAUUCCAUCUAUAGUACAAUGGAUGAGUGAUUUAUAUUUCUGUAUUCCUGUUAACAAUUUUGUGAACGAUCAAAGAAAAAAGAAAAAGGCCCCGAUCUACUUAUAUAAUUUUUCCUACGUUGGUAAUGAAAUGACUUCUACGAAACUUAUGUUAAAUAAUGACCUACCUAUGAUUGGAGCUUCUCACACUGACGAUGUGACAUAUCUUCUUUACAAGCCAAAAUGUAAAGUCGAUAACCCCAAACCGCCGGCGAUAGGUACAAAGGAUCGAGAAGUAUUAGAAGUCCUUACGAAAAUGUGGACUAAUUUUGCAAAAACAGGAAAUCCUACACCUAUUGUUGAUGAGCAUGUUACUACUAUUUGGCUACCAGCAACAGCUGAUAGCUUUAAUUAUUUGGAUAUCGAUAGUACUCCUAAACUUUUAACAAUUACUGAUUAUAAUAACAUAUUGGGAGAUUUAGAAUUACAAGAGUCCCACUCAAAAUAUUGACGGAAUUGUUUUAGCAACAUAUAUAUAUAUAUACAUAAUUAUAAUAAUCGCUAUUUAUAUUGUACAUAUUUUGGAAAAGGAUCAAUAUGCGUUAACAUAUUUAUCUAGAAUUAGAUGUUUUUAUCUUUAUAGAAAUAAUGCUAAUUUUUAUUCUUAGAACAAAGCACAAUGCGAUGGAAAUAGAAACAAAUAUAUGUAUUAUUUAAGAUUUAAGAUAUUAUAGAGCGUAUGAAUUAUCAGAAAAGUCUUUAGAUGCUUUAAAGAAUUAAAACAGCUACUAUAUAAUACAGGCUAAAAUAUAUAAAGUAAGAAAAAAUUUCGACAGAGUUAGUAAAUGUACUGCUUAUAAUAGUUUUUAUUUGCAUGUACUUUGAAAAUAUAAUGGAAAAGAACUUAUCAGAAUAUAUUUAUUUUUAUCUUUCA